AAAAUCAUGUACUUCCGGGACACGUCAACAAAGUCGCUGCUCAGACGGAUCUCAGCGAGAGAGGACACUACUUCUUCUUCACAAAACAUGGAGACUUUAUACAGUAUACCGUUCGCUGUGCUUGAAUGCCCGAACAUCAAGCUGAAGAAGCCGUCGUGGCUGCACAUGCCGUCGGCCAUGACCGUGUACGCAGUGGUCAUCGUGUCCUACUUUCUCAUCACAGGAGGCAUCAUCUACGAUGUUAUUGUAGAGCCACCAAGCGUGGGUUCAAUGACUGAUGAGCAUGGACACCAGAGGCCGGUGGCCUUUUUGGCUUACAGAGUAAACGGGCAGUACAUCAUGGAAGGACUGGCCUCCAGUUUCCUCUUCACGAUGGGCGGCCUGGGCUUUAUAAUCCUGGACCGCUCCAACGCGCCAAACAUCCCCAAACUGAACCGCUUCCUGUUGCUGUUCAUCGGUUUUGUCAGCGUUCUCCUCAGCUUCUUCAUGGCCAGGGUGUUCAUGCGCAUGAAGCUGCCAGGAUACCUCAUGGGCUAAAGACAGAAAAGAACACGCUGAGAAUGAUUUAGGAGGACAGAGGAAAAAAAAUUUGUGGGAGCCCCAACAGGCAGUUCAACAAAAAUGAUAAGCACUGACCUUGCUAAAGAAAUUAGACUUGGCUGCACUGACAGUCUCUCACUAGCUGUGUCUCAUUGGUGUUCGGUCACUUUCUUUCAUCUCCUCUUUUCCAAAUUCCCCAACAAACUGAUGCAGGACAGGAUCACAUCGAUCACCGUUAAAGGCACGUCGUUUAUCACCGAUUUCGUCUUGUUUUUGCUAAUUUCACUUUACCAAAAGAAGCUACACGUCCUGUGCAGCAGGUGAAAUUUCUCUCAGCCACUGGAGAAGAAAAGGGAAAGGAAGUUACCGAACACUGUUGGCUUGGAGCCGCUCAUUUAGUAUCAGGAGGGGGGGGUAUGAAUAAUCUUUAAGUUGUACGUUUUUGUAACGCAAUCAUCGAAAAAAGCCUUGAAUUGUCACAGUCGGAUUUUUGUACAAGGGUGUGAAAUAAAUCUUCUUUUCAGAGCUCUU